UCUGCGAACGGGCUAUCCUUGCGAUUGCAGAAAGGGCACUGUGAGGCCGAAGAUUGUACAAGGUGUUCAGUGCAGAGGAGAUUUAGGCCUGAGCACUCGACAUUUAUCACCGUAAACAUGUUGUCGAGAGCAGCGCUCGUGUCAGCCCCUGUCCUUAAGAACAGCGGAGCGUUUGGAGCCUGUGUGGUCCAGGCUUCCCGUUCUCUCCAUACGUCAGAGCAGAAGAAGGCCCCAGUGCCCCCGCUGCCAGAGAAGGGCGGCCAGACGCGCCAUGGCAUCAUCCCAGAAGAGCUUUUCACAGUGCUGUACCCCAAGACCGGGGUGACAGGUCCCUACAUGCUGGGAUUUGGUCUCCUGACCUACAUGCUGUCAAAGGAGAUCUACAUCAUCAACCACGAGACCCUCGCUGCUCUCUCCAUCGGUGCAGUUCUCGUCUACGGCGUCAAGAAGUUCGGUCCCGACGUCGCAGCCUUCGCAGACAAACUCAAUGAGGAGAAAGUGGCGAAGGCUCAGGAGGUGAAGGACAUUGCCAUGGCCAACCUGGCCACGGCCGUCGAGGAGGAGAAGAAGGAGCAGUGGAGAGUGGAGGGGCGACAGAUGCUCUUCGACGCCAAGAGGAACAACGUAGCGAUGCUGCUGGAGACCAACUACAGGGAGCGCAUCCACAUGGUCACCAACGAGGUGAAGAAGCGCCUGGACUACCAGAUCGCCCUGCAGCACCUGCACCGCCGCAUGGAGCAGGAGCACAUGGUGGACUGGGUGGAGAAGAACGUCGUCAAGAGCAUCACCCCACAGCAGGAGAAGGAAAGCAUUGCCAAGUGCAUCUCGGACCUGAAACUGCUGGCCAAGGCCAAAGCGGGCUCAGCCACCGCUUAAAUCUUGUCUUCAUAGAAGGCCUCCCUACGUCCACCCCCCUUACUCUCUCAUCGUCACAUGAGUGAACUUGUUGUUGACCAUUAUUAUUAAUAAAAUAUUUCCUCUUGGAAAAACUGUCUGACUGUCCUGUCAUCAAAUCUGUGUACAUACACCAAGAGAUAUUCAAUAAAAAAAAGAUUUGGUUAUUCACUGA